AUCAAAAAAUAAUUAAGGUUUUUAAGGAGAAAAUUAGUACUGUAUUUUACAAAUUUGAAUUGAAAUCCAAAUUAAUGUCUUGAUUAAUUACAUAGACCAUAUUGCUCUAAAUUGUCAUAUUGUAUUUUCAUCAAAGAUUAUGCUAUAAUUUUUUUAAGUAUGCACUGUAAAAAAUUUGCUGAGUGAACGUGGAAUAAAUCCGGAGUGAAUGCGAAACAAAUCCGGAGUGAAUGCGGAACAAAUGUUAAGCGGAAGACUGUUUAUUUAUUUAAUCCCCUCGGAGGGAAAUUUACUACGAAGGGAAGUUUAUUCCAAUAUUGAAACUUUGAAUCGGAGUAAAUUAAAAUUCAAAUAAAAUCUGUAGUCACUCCGAAUUCACUCGCAAUUUUGUACAGUGUGUGAACAAAUCGACAUUUAUCUGAAAUAAAUAAAUAUUAAAUUUUCAUGCACUGUAAAAAAUUGGGAGUGAAUUCGGAUUUUAUUUCAAUCCGAAUUCACUCCGUCACCCUGAGUUCCGGAGUUUAAAAAAAUCACUUCGCAUACAAAGUAAAUCGGGAGUUUAUUUUUUUCAGCCGAGUGAUUUCGGAGUGAUCUAGAUUUUAUUUACUCUGAUUCGGAGUUUGAAUAUUAAAAUAAACUCCCCUUCGGAGUAAAUUUCACUCCGAGGGGAUUAAAUAAAUAAACAGUCAUCCGCUUCGCAUUCACUCCGCAGUUACUCCGAAUUCACUCCGGAUUUAAUCCGCUAAAUUUUUACAGUGACAAUUCUUUAUAAAUCGAAGAAAUUUUUAACAAUUAACAUUUACCUUGAACCUGUGUUAUGUGAUACUUAAAACCUUGAUAAUAUAAAAAUAAAAAUCGUGUUUGUAUUUUAUUUAGUAACUUUUUUUAAGUUAAUUUCACAUCACUCCAACGAAAAGUGAUCGUGUAUUGGGUCUCCUACUUUAAUUCAAGUAUCAGUGAAAGCAUGAAACUUUUAUUAUUGCCAGAGAAGCUUAUAGUUCCAUACUAAAUAUUUAUGCUGGACAUUUCGUGAUUUUACUGUCUGGGUUUAGUUUCUAGUUUGAUUUUUUUUUCCGUUGUCCUAAAAUCGAUUAACAUCAGCUCCCAUACAUCAGAAAUUUCUAUAAUUAAUUAAUAAUAAUAAAAAAUUUUUAUUUUAAAAUACUUCCUAUUAUUCAUGGGUAAAUUUACUGUAAGAUGUAAAAAUAUUGACUAUUAUAAUUUAUAUAUUUAAUAUCUUUAAUAUAAAAAACGAGUAUACGGUAACUUGAAAGCUCGCAGCCCCAUUAAAUAGUUAAUACAGAGAGUCCGUGACAUACAAAACAAGGGUAAACAAACGUAAAAAAGUAUAACGGAAAUUAAAUAUUACUAUUACUGUGCCGGUAUUUAAACGCGUGAAGUGCAUGUGCUUUAAAUGCACGCAUUCUCAACAAAACGACAAGUGGCACCCCCGUGCACGCGGCUUAUAAAAGCUUCUGUGUAAGAGUUAAAAUAAAAAAGGAAUUAGCAGAUGAGUGACGAGGGUGAGGACAAAGCACACAACCCUACGCUUAUUUAAAGUACAUAAUUUAUUUAUUUUUUAUUGCAAUUGUAAUUUAAAAACAUUAUUAUUUUUCAUAAGUUACAAAUGUAAAAAUAUGCGCGCGCACAGAGAUGGAAUUUAAAAUCAGAAACUCUAGUUGAUGCUGGCGCGUUGGUGUUGCAGCUUAACAGUUUGCCGAAUCGAAUCCAAAUGGAGUUUGAAGUUGUGAGUAUGAGUCGAAGACCGAAUAGAAGACAAAACUAUAAAACCGGUCAAUACUCCAAGCGACGUCGGUACGCGACAGCGACCGCGACGGCGCCAAGAGAGGGAGUAAAACUCGUGGGUGGGAGUUGUAUUUUCACAGAGUAAUACGCGGCACAAGAUAAAGGGAGAUGAAGUUACCUGGGAUGUGAUUCUACGAAGUGAGAUGAAUUUAAUUCAGGUUUAGGAAGGGAUCAUAUGUGAACACGGGGUACUAACUAAGAGAGAAAAUGUGUGGAGGCAAGAGGCGCACGCAGCCUUACUCUCUUCUCUUUCUUCUUUAGCUUUCGUCUUGGUCUUUAGCUCACUCCUCACUCAGUAGUAUUAGUCUCGUAGGCGCCCGAAUAUAAAGCGCAUCACACAGCUCUAAAGCAGCUCGCGUACCGCGUUGUGGUGCCUCUCUGCCUCCUCCGCGGGGAGUAGCAGCAGCAGCAGCAGCACCGCGGCUCUACAUCAGAGCCACAGCCCGUACACCUCGUCUACUAUUUUCUAUCUCCCUCGACGUCAUCCUCCUCAUCGUAAUCGCCGUCCUCGCACAGACGCAAACUCAACACAGAAUCCUCUACGUCGUGGACGUUGACGGGCGUGCACUUGACGAAUACACGUUUUUCAUGCUAUAUCUAUGUACCACGUUUAUAUAAAUAUAUAUAUAUCUAUAUCUAUAUCUAUAUAUAUAAAUACAUAUAUUUAUUUAUUUAUUAAUUAAUAUGAUAAAUUACAUAACUAAUUGUGAGCGAUAAAAAAUAAUAAUUGUAAUUACAAAUUACUCUAAACACUUGAGUGAAGAUGCUGAUUAAAUUAAUAUUUACUAUUUUUUUUAUAUUAAGAUAAAGUAUGAAAUUAUGUGAAUGAACUUGAAUGUGAGUGACAGUGACACGAGUGUCUGUCGUGUCGUCGGUAGUAACUACUCUGUGAAUAAAAAACCCGCGGUGACGUUUACGUAGUGUUAAGAUAAAUAUAAGAUUAUUAUAAAUAUUUUAUAUUUUAUUAUAAUUUAUUGAGUAAGUGCCAGUGAGUGUAUCAUUGUAAUUAAGUUACAACAUAUAUAUAUAUAUUAAAAUAUAUACGAAUACUACUUUUACUAUUACUAUUGUUAAUUGUAAUGAGUAGAUGUACAUUUCUACAAUAAUAUUGCAUACGUGCAUACCACAACCAUGUGCCCGCAUUAAUGAAAUAACUAUUUGAAUUUAAAUUUAUAAUUAUAAAUUAAAUCGAUCAUGGAUUCGUGGAUUUUUUUAAUAUUUAUACUCGGUGUCGCAGCGUCGGUGGAAGUUCACUUCGAAAAUAAAGACGGAGGUUUUUUUCUAAAGCACACACCUCGUCAAUACUACCCCUCGCGUUUGGACAACACAAUGUCCACAAGUAACGCCGGACAAGGAGCAAGCGUGACAUCAUCCUCCGUACCAUCAAGUUCAAUUUUGUCAAUAGAUAAAUUUACUGUCUUCCAAACAAGCGAGCCGGCAUCAGUACGUGCUACUUACGGACCUUUCAGCACAAAACAAACUGUCCCAGCGCGUUACAUUGUCCCUGAUCCGUUAGAAACUUUACCGGGACCGGAAAGACGUAAUGUAACCGCUUCAUCCAACGCAGCUAUGAUGGACGUCCAAGAUUUGGGUGCAAGACAUUUGGACAUGUCUGCGCACUUAGUAGGAACCAGUAUAUCACGAGAUUCUCCAGUUCUCAGAGUCCUUUUUCAUGCUGGCAGUGAAGCGGGUGGUAGACGUCAGUUGCUAGCACGUCAUCAACGUGUUUGUGUCCUGCUGCAAGCAACUCUACCGGGUAAAAACCCACUGACCGCAGCAUGCAGUCCCGACGGCGAAGAUGGCGUUUGUUUGGCACAGAUAACUAUUCCCGCUGAUUGGUGGCCAUCUCUACCGCCACCAGAUUCUUCUGGACACAUUAAACUCACCAAGACACCUCCCAGACUUGUUCAAGUUGCUUAUUCUGUCUUGGAACCACGUACUGUCGUACUUACUGAUGACAUGGCCGCUGACACUUAUGCUGGAGUCCCUAGAACUCUGCCCGUGUCAUCAGAUUCUGGGUCAUCUGGUAGUGGAGGGUGUCGACCGCGGGUGCAAAUCCAACCAGUUACGCCACUUGGAAAAAUUCCAUUAACACCAAAUCGUGCUGAUUACAAAGAAAUAAAAGCUGAUGAUUCAUUAGUACUUUUAGUACCACAUGGACCACUUUAUCCACGGUCUAGAUUGCAUGUCCCGGUAUUUCUUUAUCCGCAAAAUUCAAUGACUGUCGAUACAACUGGAGCCUCGAUUGAAGAUAAAGAUGCUUUAGGACCUCCCAUUGUUACUGUUGUUCUCAGAGCACGAGCUAAAUCAGGCGUGAGAAUAUUAGAUGCAUCUUCAAGUAGCCCUAAUUGGAUAUUAACCUCUGAUAUAAAUGGAAAAAAUACAGCUGCGACGUUUACUGUUAAACGUAGACGUGAUGAUCUUGAAAUAACGACUGAGCCAACAAAUGUCAGAUCUGCUGAGGAAAUAAUGACGAUGCUGCUGGAGGCAAGCGAGGAAGGAGAUGGUAGCAGCAGCUGGGAUGAUGGGAGAAUCAUGUGGAGUGUACGUUAUACAUUGGAAGGAGAUGAAGAGGAUCUUACUAUGCAAACACGUACCGGAUCUUCUGAACAGAUGCAAUUGCAGCGUCAACAGCAACUACAGCAACAGCAUCACCAUCAUCAUCAUCAUAUUGAGAAGAGAAAAUUCAGCGCACGAUUGGAAAUUCAGAAGGAUGAUAUCCAAGCUGUUUUACCCAUUUCUAAGAAUUGGGAAGUUAUGAAUACCGCAGUGCUAACCGGUCGUCAAGUAUCCCAAGCGAUGAAGGUUUUCAUCGUCAGCCAAGCGGGAACAGUUGCCGACGUAACACUGCAGUCAUCCUGCCACUCCGAGGAUGAAAGUGUACUCAAGGUUUCAUCAUCAUGCAGCAGCGUCUACGUAGACGGUUCUGAAAUACGAGGAUCAAGUAAUGCAUCAGUGUUAGUUAAAUAUGGUACAUAUACUGGAUUAGCACGAUUCACAGUCUGGAUGCCGGAAUUUCCGCUCGAAGUAACUGUUACUGACUCACGUCUAAGUCAAAUAAAAGGAUGGAAAGUACCAGAGGGUCAUCCAGUACAAAAAAAUAAAAGAAGCUUAAAUCAAACUGACAUAACUUCCCUUAACAUCAAUAGCAACAAUAAAAAUAAUAAUAAUAAAAGACGUAGACGAAGACGAACAAGUGUCUCGGGACUAGAUACAAUAGAUAAUGAUGAUGAUGAGACUAUUAAUCAUGAUAAUGAAGACGAAGAAGAGGAAGACAACGAAGAAGAGAUUGAUGACAUUGAAGUUGAAAGAUUUCGCGAUGAUAGAUGGGACGCGGUUAAUUCAAUCGAUCGUUCAAUGCAAACUACCACGGCAUGCCGUUUACGUUUUCAGCAGAGCCCCGUCGAAGUGCAUGCACGGUUUCUGGCGGCCGGACAUGACAGCGGACGUGAGUCGUAUUUCGUUAACAGACGCACGUGGCUUAGGGUCACGGAUCUAGUUGUUGGACUAGUUCGUGUUUCGGACCCGCGUAUUGCAACUCUGCUCCAGGAUCGAAUUGUCCAGGGACGAGGGGUAGGCAGGACUGAGGUCCAAGUACUGUCGCCUAUUACUGGACGUGUCAUUGGCGCCAAAGAGAUACGCGUGGGUAAUGAUCGGGUGUCUAUUGCCCGUUUAUCCGUUAAAGUUGUUUCGGGUCUUCAAUUGACUAUUAGCCCGGAUACUGCCAUUGAGAAUGGAUAUGUCGCUGAAACAUCUGUCACUAGACGUCUCACUGCUCAGUACCAGGAAGGACUUCUAGAUAUAGAUAUCGAAUUCUCGGAUUCAAUGAAAACUCCAUUGCGAGAAAUAGCCGUAAGUGAUUAUCAUCUGACGGUAGAGAGUUUAGACCCCGAGGUAGUGGCAUUCGCACCGAUGGUCGCAUCGCACCAUCCGCGAGUGAUAGCAGUCGGAGAAGGUCACGGAGAUCUGCUGAGAGUAACUCUGCAGUUAGCAGAGGCAUGCAGGAUGUCAGGAGCGAACGCCGGCAGGAGAGCUAAAGGAUCAAGGGCAAAUAACAACGGACAAGGUGGUGCUCAAGCAUUGGCUACUGCGACGGCGAACGUUGAGGUUGAUUUUGCGUCUAGCGACCUUCCGCAUCGACCGGAAUUCGUCCAGAACGACGGUGGGGGUAUGGUUCAAGGUGGCUCCUCUCACCACCACCGCGAGCGAAAAACAGGACGCGAGGUUGCUCCUGAUUUGCAUGACAUACUCAUUGGUGGCGUAGGUGGUGUAGGAGUACGUCAUCACAAUGCCAGCCACAUGACACCUUUAGAAAUAGGAAUGUAUGUUCUGCUAGCAGCAUUUGGAUUUGCUAUUCUCGUGUUCGUAAUUUCAUGCGUCGUGUACGCCAGUAAAUUCAAACCCCAUCAAUCGGAUUCACCAUUACCAAGCAUCCCAAUGUUAGGAGCUGUCAGGGCACGAGCUGCGGCAGCCAGCCAACAAUUGGCAUCAGCUCGUAGACCUCGUGAGUCGACGACCAAUGCACAUGAUUGGGUAUGGCUUGGUAGGGCAACACUUGAACGAGCUGCUUGUGCUCCUCAACAGGUACGAGUGACAAACAACCCACUGGCAGGUGAAGUUGACGAUGAUGCCGGUGAUUUAGGUACCAGCUUUGAUAAUCCAAAUCAUAUUGAACUCCCAGCGGCGGGAAAUCGUGUCACUGUUACGCCAAUUGAUACCACUACCUACUGCAAACGUGACAGAGUACGUAAUUAUAUGCAGAAAAAUGAUGCAGCUAAGACACAAAUUUUGGAUGGUCCUGUUACAUCUUCUACACGCAAUGGAAAUGAGGUCAAAGAUGUCCCUCCACCAUUACCACCUCACGGUAUCACAUCACCAGCAUCAGUUCCCGCAUCCUCAGGAGCAGGAGUAACGGACCUAGCAAAUAACAAUGAAGAUUACAAGCCGCCAGUACCACCUCAUAGAAACACUGGAGUGACAGCGCGUCUGCCAGAGACACCAAAGAAGCAUCAGCAUCGUAAUCAUCACGCAAACCAUCGGCAUGUAAAGCAUCACCAUCACCACCAUCAUCCAAAGACUCACAGCACGAAGCCCAGCGCUAAUCCCGUAUCAAAGAACGAAGAGGCCCAGACUAUAGACGACGAGGAGUUUGUCGAGCUGAAAAAAGUAAACGAGGAGAAACCUAAAGAAAUAAUCCCUCGCGAAAUAAAACGCGCGACAAUUGUCGGGAAUCCAAUGUUCUCGUCUAACUUAUCCAGCUCUUCCUCAUCCAGUUCGUCGUCCACAGUCUCAAAUCAAGAGUUGAAUGAAACGAUGGCUUCGCUAGUAGAAACACCGGCCCUAGAUGACCUUAAUCUUGGUAUGGAUUACAAUCAAAUCAUGCAGUAUUUUGAUAACUUGAAGGAAUCGAAUGCCUAGGUAACAGCCCGGCUGCACGAUUUAGUUGACUGGGCAAAGUCUAUUUAAUAUCCAAGACGUUAUCUGUCAGGUGCAGCCACUAAUCCUUCUUAAGAUUUUACUUUUUCCAUCUUACACACGUAUAUAUAUUAAUAUAAAUAUAUACUUGUAUUAAAUUCGUGUGUGUAUACGUGGAACAUUAAUCCUAGUCGGCUUUAAUCGAUACAAACUCACGUCGACUUAGUGCUACGUUAUGUGGAUAAGUGUGCGGUUUUUUUUUUUUUUUUCCAAAGAAUAUGUUACGUUUUACAUAUUCACAGCCAUAAAUUAUACAAAUAUGUAUCCUUACAUUUUGUAUACAUAUAUAUACAUAUAUAUGGGUAGGUAAAUCGUGUAGUGUAUCAUGUAUGUGUGUAUAUGUGUAUAUAAAUGUAUGACAAUGUAUUCUAGUCAGCUUUAUAGCAGCACGUAAAUUAAUGCGUAUGCUAAAUUAUAAAAUAACUUUAACCCUUUACUGGUACAAUUGCUAAUUAAUGUAUUGUAUAUUUAUAUUUAUUGUUUGUCAGCUUGUUUAUUUAUUUAUUUUUUUUUUUUGUUUUUGUUUUUGUUAAUUCAUCCUUGACUGAAAUCAAUAGAAUGGAUGGAAUAUUUUUAUUUAUUUAUAAAAAAAAACUAAAAU